CACUGAUGUAUUUGAGCUGUUGUUAUUAGAGGACUCGAUGAUGUGCUGUAAUCCAAUAAACAUAUUUCAUGGCGAGACCCUAAGUUUAACGCUUUGCUACACGAAGUAUGUCUUUGAUGGGUGAAUUCCAGGAGUCUGAAGAGAACUCGGAAGACUCGGACCAAAACGCCAGACCCAGCAAAACAAAUGGUCGCCGCAGCCGUCAUCGGAACCACCGCCAUGUUGAACGAGUAGCGGCGCGGCGCUGUCGUUCCGACACUGCCAUAACAACUAGCAAGAUGCCCACAGGAUUUGAAAACUCUGCACUGAAGAUGAGCUUCUCCCUUUCUUCACUGCAGCCCUCUAGUGGUAAUCUAGAAGGCACAGAGCAUGUGAAGAUGAGGGCAGAGAGACCCUAUAACAGCCUAACAAAGAAAUCUAGGAGAGAUCCUGAGCAAGAAUCAUGGAGGCACUCCUGGGGAAGUCGUGAAGUAAACAAAGAUGAAUUCUGGGCAGCUUUACAACACAACUAUGACUACAUUAUGGACAACAACCUCAUUGACAGUUGUAAAGAGGCAAGUGGAGAGCUUUCAUGGGACGACCAGGAUGUGGCACCUGCUUUGACAUGGAGUUUCAAUGAGUUUAUAAAUCAGUUCUCUGAAAUCUAUUCUUGGCUUAAUAGUAUUCAAGAGGCUGUUUAUGGCAAGGAAGACAGUGUUAUGGAUCAGAAUCUCAGAACUAGUCAUUUGGAAGAGAUGCGACGCAAUUGUUACCGCCGUAAAGUGUUCAAUGACCAAGCACGGAAACUACUUUCAAGGUAUCCUGAUGUGAGAGAUGAAGUAUCAUGGAGAGUUGCUCAUUUGAAUACUAAAUGGGACAUGUUGGAACAGGCUAUUUCUCCAUGCAAAAACAAAUCUGAUAAAAUGGAUCAGUAUGCAAGUGUGGAACAUGAGGUAAAGUGCUUGCGCAAGUGGGUUCGAGAAAUGGAAGGUCAUUUGGAACCGCUUGACUUCAGAGUUGUACAAAGGUGGUCCCAUCCAGAAAUUGAAGAGAAGGCACGCCAGCUGUCGGUGCUGCUUCGAGGCAUAAAGUCGCACGGGAAGAUCGUGACAUCUGUAGUGCGGUUGUGUGAGAAAGCGGCUGCGGCUGCAGCGGCGACGUCUGCGGCUAGCGACGACGAGGGUGGAGCCUCGAGCGGGACAGCGGCGUGUGGGAGGACAGGAAGGUCGCGGUCGGCGGGCAGCGCGUGGCGCGUCGCGCGCACCCUCGAGCGCCGCUGGCACCACCUCUACCUGCGCGCGCUCGAGUGGCAGUGCCACGUCGAGGAGCUACUCAACAGCCGCAACCCGAGCCCAAGUGGGGUGUCUUCGGAGAGUGACGAAGAGCCUGUUAGUAAACAUCCACGUCUUACAGGAUCUGGUGAUACUUCAGAUGAGGGUUCAUAUUUUGAGGAUGACUUGGAGGAGCUGUGUGUGAUGGAAUCAAAUGCAGAUAAAUGUGAAAACCUUCAGCCAAAUCCUGCCCAUCCUCGAAACACUGAAUCUGAUUUUAACAUGGUGGGUGCAAGUGGCAGUGUAUGCAGGCCAACUAGUCUUACCAGGGAUGGCUUUGCAACUAGUGAAGAUUGCAGUAAUUUCAACAGGUCAAAUUGGUUGGCUAACAACAUUGGAACUUUUUACUUCAAACAUAUGGACACUGACUCUGAUCAGGACAAGGAAAAGAUUAAGAGUGAUGUGAGUCCUGGAAUAUCAAGGAUCUCAAUUAAUGAUUCCAAGUCUCAGGAAGAGUCUUCAGAAGAUGAUGAGUGGACAUACACACCAGGCAGCAUUCCAUCAAGGCAGCGUAAUCGUAAGAGUGACUGCUCAAGUAAUAUGUCAGAAGUGACUGUCCGUAAGAGCUCUGCAGCAGUGAAGUUAGAUUUUGGUAGCAGCUCAUCUGAAGGAACUUCAAGUAGUGGGAAAAAAAAUGUAGAACCUUCAGCAGAAGAGACAAAGAACACUGAACUGUCAACCUCCCCUCUGAGGAGGAAAAGCAAAGAGCAGCUUGUAAAGAGAGCACUAGGCAGAAUUGAACCUGAAAAGCUUCAGAGUGAUAAGAAAACAUCUGGUAAACCCAUGCAUACACCAAGAGUUUUUGAACCACUUCUUUUGGACCCAUUCUCUGAUCCACUUGUAAGAGCACAAGCAAAGAGUGCACGUACCAAAGAAUGGCUGAGACUACAUGCCCAGGGCCUGGCCACAGAUAAAAUGCAGCUCAUGGACAGUUGUGAUGCUAGUGGAGAGUACACAACAGGUGAUUCUGAAGCUGAAAAGGAAUCUGUAUCAUCCGAAGAUCAGAAUGGAAGUGUGUCAACAUGUCGAAAAGGUAGUUCACUUCCAGGUUGUGAAUCAAGAUCAGUGUCAACAGAUGUACUGUUGGAUCCAGAAACAACACCUGUAGCAGAGAAAGCUCCUGCCCUCCCUUCUUUGUCUCCAGAGCAAAGUGGUACAAAGGUUGUCAUGCGUACAAAACGGCGUCAGAAUCAUGGAGAACGCCCAUGGAGUGUAUCGGGCAUAACACAGUUGGCAAAAACUGCAGCACAGUCUGGAAAAAAUGAACCUCUUGCACAGUUCUCAAUAUCGGAAAGUGCUAUAAACAAAAUGGCUACAACUCCACCUGCUGCAAAAGCCGGCUCAAAUGGUGCAGUGCAUGGAAAUCUUUCAUCAUCUACAAUAGAUGAAGUGUCUGUAAAGGCUGCAGAAGGAUCUGGUUCAAGAACAAGUUCUCUUCGCAGACGGAGAAUGAGGCUCCGCAGGAGGACAGGGGGGCGUAAAAGUGAAUCUGGAUCAGAUAGCCUGAGUACAACACAGAGACCUAUCAGCCGAAUGUUUGGUAGCUCACUCUUAGUGAAGUCAGGGUCUUUCUCUGGAGUUGGUUCUAGAUCAGCAGUUGGUUCAACAGAACGCAAUACUGCUAGUGAUCCAUCUACCUUAGCGCAUGCAGGAAAUUCCACUAGUGCUAGUGGAACAGAGGAUGACUCCCGGCUACAGCUGCCAGUUUUUAGGUUGGGUCCUCUGACACUGCCAGCUGACAGUGAUAUUGACCGCGGUAGUGCGCAGGGUACUGAGGAGCAGCUCAGUUCCUUUUCUGAACAAGCAUGGGAUAAUUAUCAGGAAAAGUAUUUGAGUGAGCCGUAUAGUGAAGAACCUGCUGACCCAGAAACAGCACGACGUUUGUUAGAAUUUGGAGAUGAUUAUCGCAAUUUCUUAGACAGUCAGUCAGACUGCAGCUUGAGCAGAAGUGCCAGUAAUGGUACUUCAUCUCUAAGACAUCGUAGGCCUCCUGGACCCGCCGAUGACAGCUCUGUGUUUGACAGUGAUUCAGACUUAGAGGACUUCAAUCAUGCUAUUUACCUUUCUCAGGCUCAGUUAGAAUACGUUGAAAUGGUUAUCAAUGAACAUAUGAGCAAGCAUGCAGAUUUGGUUCUUGCCCCUAGUUUGGCCCAUAUAGUGUCGACGUGCUCAGAAAAUAUAAGUGCUUUGAGUGUUGUUUUGGAGAAGGAACAUGGAAUUCUCCCAGAGAAGAGGUUAAAAGAACUGAGAGGCUGGCUGGAUCGCUGGCAGCAACUGUACAGCACUGCAGAAGAGCUGCAGAGAGUGCGCUGCUUACAGCGCGAGAUGGUCACCAUGCGCGAGGAGAUGAUGGAUCUCGCCAACAGGGUGACCAAUAUUUCCAGCGAGCUCAAGGACAGAAGUCAGCUCGAUGGUGUCAUCCAAAAGGUCAAGGUGGAGCUGACGUCCCUGCUGGAUCGCAAGGCGGAUCUGCUGCGCUUCAAUGUGGCGGUGCACCGCUACCACACAGACACCGGACACCCGGCUAGGCUGCUCAAGGACGACGUGGCCGAACUCUACCGCGUCUGGGACGACAUCGUGCAGAGGGUUACUCAACAACUGGCAGUAUUGCAACGAGCUGCACAGACGUGGCAACAGUUUGACACAAACAUGACAGAACUGCAAGGUCUACUGUGCAAUGAUCGAAUGACAUUACAUAUGCUGGACGCAGCUCUCCGUGGAGGCCAGCUGCAGCCUGAGGUGGCUCGUGUGCUGUCUGAGAAGCAAGAAGCACUAUGUCAGAGUUCGAUGCUGAUGGAGAGCAACAAGGGCAGCGCGUCGGAGGGCGUCGCGGUGGCGGCAGCAGCGACGCCGACGCCGACGCCGACAGCGGCAGCGCCAGCAGCGUCGGCUGUGGCAGUGGCGGGGACGGGUGCGGGGACGGCGCCGGCCUGCCUGCUGUCCACCCUGGCCGAGCACGGCUCGCUGUCCGACUCCGGCAUCUCGGACUCGGGCUCCGAGCACGAACUGUGCGAGCGAGAGCGCCGCCUGGCGACGCUGCGCAGCCUGGCGCGACACCUCAUGGCCGUGCUGCCCGCCGGCAGCCACGCGCUCCUCACCGUCUCCAAGUCGACGGGCUUCAUGUGUGUAACAGCGUGUCCUGAGGUGUCAACCAUCUACAGGAAGGAUCUUCAGUGUCUUCAGCAAACCAGUUGCUUGUUGACGCAACUGCGCUGGCAGCAAAUCGAGCAAGCAGAGGCGAUGCUGCGCGGCUUGCAGCGGUCGUGCCGCGCGCUGUUGGUGCAGACGGGCGCCGCGCCGCCGGACGCCAAGCCGCUGGCCGACAGCCCCGACGCCGGCCUGGGGCCGGACGUCGACGCCGAGGACUCUGCGGCGCUGCCGCUGCCUCUGGCCGACGCGCAGCCCGCGGACCAGCUGCCCGCCAAGCGCAGGACCGCCGCCGCGUCCAGGCGGAAGAAACAUCGUGGAGGAGCAUGCAAAGGUGAUGGAGGUGAUCCUGAGGCUGCACCAAGUGGAGUGCGACCAUGGUUAUGGCGUGUGUUACGUGCUUCUUUGCCCUUCCAUGUCACCAUCGUGCUACUCUUCUGUGUUGCAUACCUCCUGGAGCCACGCUGCUGUGACAGUAUGAACACCAUGCAGAUGUCCUUCACACCACAGCUACGUUACGUUCGUGGUCCUCCACCAAUCUAAACUGCCACCAGUGAAAGUGAACUGUUGCAUGUAGGCCAGUUCAGCUCACUUAAUUGACACACACAGUGUGCCUGCUGACUACCUAUCUGUGUGGUGUGACAGUGAGGUUUUUCUUAUUGACUUUGUUUUAUUGCCUGCUUUCUUGCAGAGACACAGUUUUUAUUUUGUCAGUUUUUUGUUCUUAGUGAAAAGAAAAUGACUAUUAGAGGUUGUGUGUGUUGUACUGUGGCCUUUUUAAAUUCCUUAAACUUGUGAAACUGUGAAAGCACUUUAAGAAGAACGUCUGGAUCUAGAGUCAUGACAUGAGUUGCUGAUUACUGAGCAAUGAUUAGGAUGUGAUGUUCAUUUAUAAAAAGAAUUACACAUGUAAUUCUCCAGACUUGCUUCUUGGUGUAAUGUCCAUUGACCAUCAGUUAAGGAUACUGGUGAUCUUCUAACUGAAUCUAUGUUUAAACCAUGUGAUGGGACGUAUCAAGGACAUUGCUUCAUAAAAGCUGCAGAAAUUCUGAUGUUCAUCAUAUUAAUGAGUAACUGAAAACUGAAGAAAAGCUUCCACAUUCAGAAACUCAGUGUGUGAUAACUGAACUAUUGUAGUCAGUGCACCUUAAAUGUUUUAAGGAGUUCCUGCCGCAUACGUCUAGCGCAUCUAGUCUGCUGAAAUAUUAUUUCAAUUAUAUGCAGCUGUUUCAGUGUAUGCCAACCCCUACCCCCCACUCUCUCACACUCUCAUGUUUGUCUGUGAGAGAGAAUGAGAGAUUGGGAGUGGAGGACAAGUUGUUUGAAGUCUACAGUUCCACUCAGUACCUGAAGUUUUCACUUUUAUUGCACCUUCAUGAGCACCACUGCAAAUGUAGCAAUGAGUAGAUCCAGGGAGCAAAUGAAGCACUAUUGACAGUGAGUACUUAAGUGCCUACUGUAAUGAGUCAGUAUGUUCCUUUGACUGUGAAUUCUUGCAUUCACCAUUACUGUUCAAGUAAUCAAAAGAGUGGAAAUGUAAUGAUACAUAGUUAAUGUGCUGAAUAUAAUAAAAAUAGUUUUUUAUUAUGAUGAUAGAAUAAAUAUUAUUUUUAAUAGUUAAUUAUUUUGAAAAGAUAAUUUAUGUGGUUUUUAUAAAAUUUUAAAUUUAAGAUCUCAAGAGCAUGAGACUAUCUUUGGAUUUGGGUUAGCAGAAAAUUGGUCAUGUAAAGCAACUACUGGAGUCAGUAAGAGUUACAUGUCUUAUGUUGUGACACACAAUCAGUCAUAUGAAUAGAUUAGCUGCUGAAGCACAGGAAUUGUGUUCUUUUUUUUCCAGAGAAUUUCCAUCUUUUUAUGCCUAGCAAAGGAUAUAAUACAUAUUAUAGUAUUUAUUUAUCCUUGGCUGUUAUAACGGAGUGCUUGUGACUUGAGUUCUUUUUAUUCUUUGUUGUUCAAAUGAAAUUCUUCUAAAAUGGUGCUGCAUACAAUCAGAUUUAUGUUAAUCUGUCUAUGGUAUAUGUGAUAUCCUUAAAGUAAACUCAUUUUGUGUGUGUGUGUGUGUGUGUGUGUGUGUGUGUGUGUGUGUGUGUGUGUGUGUGUGUGUGUGUGUGAAGUGCAUGCUUCUUGGUCCUCUUAUUUUGGCUUUUGCUACAACACUGUCAAAUUGCUUUCUGUAAACUAACUAAUAAUGUACCUUCCAAAACCUCAUAUCAUUUAUGGAUUACAUGAAAUGCUUCAUAUGUAUUCAUGGUCAUCAUUCCUUUUGGGCACUUCUACGCUCAUGGAAAUGCAUGUCAACACAGCCAAGUUUUAAAUUUGUGCUGUCUUCAGGUCUCCAUGCUUGUAACUGUUAACUUUCAGAUAUAUUUUCAGUAAUUCCAUACUUCCUCCAUUGCUGAAUUGGCUGUUUGAAGAGAGGUUGAUUAGUAUUUGUGUUUGGUAGUCAAAUGUUUGCUGUCCUACUUUUAAACCCAAAUUUUUGUUUAGCCUUAUCAUUUAUUGAUGGUGCAAGUAAUUUACUUCAAUGCCAUUUAUAACAGUUUAGAUUUUUACCUCAUACAGUUGUAAGUUGAACAAUAAUUUUAAAUGACGAUGAUGAGAUGAUGAUGAUGUAAACCAAAAUUUCUAGCAUUCAUAAAAUACUUAUCAAGUAAUAUGGACUUACCUGAUUACUCUUAGUUGCAGAAUAUCUGCACAUUCCUUGUCUCGCUAAAUUUUCCAUUGCUGCUCUUCUUGUUGAUAGCAUUAUUCACUUACUCAUCCAUGCAUGACACAUUUGGGGCAGAUUAUGAAGUAUAUACCCAUUUUCAAUGAAAAUGUUGUAAGUUAAGAAACAGUUUGAAAUUUUUAUGUGCUGUAGAAUAAAGGAGGGGUCACCUCAUAUAUUGACAGUGCACAGUCACUUAUCUGAUUUCACUCAUUCAAAAUGUCAGUUCCUAUUAAACUGUGUCUUACGUCUUAUUUAAUACACAGCUGGUGCGUUCCUAAUGGCAACAAUCAGUUGCCUUCUAAGAUAUCAUAUGAUGUAGACAAUAGCUGGAUAAACCUCACAUUCUCAAAGUACUACCCACUCUUAAAUUUGCUUCAAAUAUCAAGAAAGAUAAAAUCAGUUCCCUUUCUUCAUGUGACACUCUUUUGAGCAUCACGUUUCUGAGUUUCCAUAUAGAUAUCUUUUACUCGUUCGAAGAACUGAGUGAGUGAGUGUUGUAAGCUAUCAUAAAAUAUGUAAGCAAUCAAUUUUUCAAGUUCCUAAAAUUUAAUGGCUAAUAUUCAGUCACUGGCUAACUCUGUCGCACUGAAUAAUAAUUUUAUAUAAAUAACUCCUCCAUCACUUUUCCCUGUUACAGCAGAAGUUACACAGUACACCCCCAAGAAUAUUAUAUAGUUCUCCUAGAUGCAAGUGUUGUCUGGUGCAGCACUGUGUGUAUUCUGUAUGUACAAAUCUCUUCGUAACAUGGCAUAAGUAUUGAGUGCGAUACUUGGCUGUUAAUAUUGGGAAGCCAGGACAUGCUAGAUAUUGGUCAUCAUGUGCAAAUAGGUUUGUAUCAUAUUUUACAGUCAUUUUGUAUGCAGUUGGGAGGACAACAUUUCACAUAACCGUCUGACCAUACAGAUUUAGGCCUUCCACAGUUUCCGUAGCUCACUCCACUCGUUGUUCAUGCCUUCCUUAUCCUUUUGUAAUAUGAGCUUGUGCUCCAUCUCUGAUGACUGCACUGUUGGCAAUAUGUUAAACUCUUAAUCAUCCUUCCUUCCUUCCAUCUACAGCCAUUUUGUGACUGCCACUAAUAUUAGCAACUCUUCAACUGUGGCACAUGGAUAGGCCCAUCACUGGUCUGGAGACCUGAAGACAUAUUAAGCAUUGAUUAUGUACAUUCAUGUCCUAUAAUUCAGUUUUAUAUUGUUAACAAAUGUAAAAACAGAAAACCAAGUGUCAGCAGAUCUUUAAAGAAGAGAUUUUGAGAGACAAUUUUGUGCAUUUAAUCCUAAAUUAGUUUUCUUCAAAAAUUUGCAAAUGUUCAUGCUCUAGUAGCAUUUGUUGCUUUUUAAGUAUUUUGUCUUAUAUGUGUAGUUAGCAAAAUUAUUUUUCAGUUUAGUUAUUGCAUGCAAUAUAGUUUCAAUUAACAUAAUAUAGGCCUUGUAAUAUGCCUUCUCUCAAUCAGAAAACGUGCCGCCAAAGAAUGAUGCACCUGUCGAAUAGUUAUUAUUGAACAGAGUGAAAGAGCAUUUUUUUUUUCCUCCAAUGGACAUAAUGUGAUGUUAAGCUCCACUUUCAUGGGAGUGGUUAUAAAUGGCUGAGAUUCAUUGGGGAAUAGUUCUGGCAAUAGAUUGAGAACAUACUUAAUUUCUGAAAGCUGCAUAACAGAGCUAAUAAUUCAAAUUUAACAACAGAGGCUAUGCAGUGAAACCUGCACAGAUCUCUGAUAAUGUUUAUGGUGCUAGGUCUGGCAGAUGAAUAAAAGUCAGUAAAGGUUAAAGUGUGAGAUUUUAUUUUAAACAGUUCUCUCCAUGUGUAAGAGUACGGUUCACAUUCCAUUGCUAAAUAAAUGUUUUUUCAUAACUUGAUAUUUUUUCCUCUUAGCAUUUCAGAUAAAACUGAUCUUGCAUUCAGUGGUAUUGCAAUUUCAGUAUGCAUCAUUCUGUUUCGCCACCACUCCCAUAUUUUAGGGGAAAAGAAAAAUAGAUAAUUUCAUUCUUUUUACAACCAGUGUAUUAGUUCGCAAUGUGUAAAUAUCACAUUCCUGUAGUCUUCAGCUAGUAUUUUUUUCAGUUUUGGAGACCAGGCACAUAUGAAAACUCCGAUUCUGUUUCAUGUUAAAAACAUGAGUGGGAGGGCAUUCAAAUUUUUAUACCUUUCCUACUGUUGUCAUUGUGUUGUUCCAUAAGCAACCCUCCCCUCCCCCCUCCCUCCUCCAGCUACUAAUCAGUUUUCAUUCUAAAUUUGUGAGAAGUAAAAACUUUCUUCUCAAGUUUGAAAGAGUUCUAUCCAAACAGAAUUAUAGAACACAUACAUUCAACACUUCACCAUAUAGUUAGAAGGGGGGGGGGGGAGGGUGUAGGAGUUACUGAACGACAAAAUAUUAAGCUAAACCAGACAUACCUCACUGUGUAAAAACUAAUUUCUACCAUUGGGCUUUACAUUACUUGAUUUAUUUUAUAGCCAUAAUGCAUGAAACAAGGCUUAGAUUGUUAGAAAUGCAAUGCAAAAUUGUAGCCUUCGAUGAGAAAGUAGAGAAUAUAAUGUAGAAUGUUUCCUCUGAAUUACGAUUACGCACACCAGGUAAUGUAAUCUUUCAUUGAGAAAAAGGGUUGGGGAAUACGUUUUACUGUAGUAAACAUGGUUAAAAUCAGCUCACAGAAACAGUUAUUAUUAAAUUGUGUGGUCUUCAGAACUUCUGAAUACUGUUACAAAAUUUGUUUGAAGGCAAAGUAUGGCUGGUAUUUGCACAUUAUAACUGAACCUAUAAAAGAAUAUUUUCAUAAAAGAAUCACAAAAAGUUGAAGAUACACUAAAAAAUAAUUUAUUUCUUGAGCACAUUUUCCCUGAGAAAAUUUGCUCAAGACAAAUGUUAUAUUUUCUGAUACUCUGUUUUAGUGUGAAUGUCAUUUAUCCAAAGAGGUGCAUUUUAAUACAUUGGAGGCAGGUAAUUGAUAGUGUAAUUACAUUUAAUUUGAACAUGUAAAUUUAAGAGGAAAGCAUGUUAAGAAUAAGUGUUUGUCUAUCCUAACAACAGUGAACAUGUCAGGUAAUUUAAAAGGUAAAGACAGCUCUUUCUUUUUCCUUUUGUGGCACUAUCAGCAGCAAAUAUUAAAGAAUAACUAACCUUAUUUUGAAAUUUACUACUAAUCUUUUUAUGCAUAGAUGCGAUUAUAAUUUACUGCCAGUUUAAUUUGUGUUACUUUCAAAAAAAAGUAUGUGAAAGAAUGGAACUGGUAAUUAAAACAGACAUACAUUGUAUAGUACUGUUUUAAGUAUUACUUUUGAAAAAAGGUGGCCCACACUCACAUUCAGUUUUAUGUUCAAGUCACAGAUCUCUUCCAUGGAUUGAGAAAUCAAAAAUAAAAAUAUUGUGCUCACAAUGAACUGUGUGUGUAAAUGUGUAAGUGUGUGUGACUGACAUGUCCACUUACUGUUAGUAAUGUUCGUAAAUGUUUUUGUAUAAAUAUGCAUGCAUUAUGAACUUUGACUUGCCUAAUGUAUAACAAUUUGCACUUUCUAGAAUGGGAAUGUCUUCAAGAACCCAUCAUACUAUUUUCUUGUUUAUGCAGUUGAAUUUGUACCUGUCAUAGUGAAAAAUUUAAAAGCACAAGACAUUUUGCUGGUUCAGAAAAAGACUGUCUCUUUUAUUUUAGAAAAUAAGUGCAGGUGUGUCAGUUGUCUGGGUUAAAGCUAGUAAAUGACUGAGAUAGUAUAGUCUGUGGGUAAUUUCACAGUAUAAUUUUUAAAGAUUACCCAUAUUUUCUGUAUAUGUUUCUACCACAAAACUUCAUCCUUGCCAGUGACAUUCCAAAUUUUACAUGAAUGGAAUGAAAUACUAUUGUAUCACUGACUAGAGGUGAGGUUUUUAAAAGUGGAUUUACCACAAAUUAUUGCAAAAGUAUUGAUUGGGUAGUACGUACAAACGAUUUUCAACAUGGGUUUGUGUACCACAUAGCCAAUAGAGUGAAAUUAACUUCGUUGCUAAAAGACUGAGACAUACUUUAUAAGAUUUUCAGUUUGGGGAACAUUUUUAUAUGGUGGUUGUUAAUUUUAAGAAAUUAUCAGUUUCCAUCAAUGGGGAGUUUUAUACGUUUUAAGUAUGUAAGCCUCUUCAGUCAAGUAAUGUUUCAACACACAGUACUUUGUAAAGCAACUGCAUUUGAACAGUGUUUAUUGUUACUAUCUGUUCAUUCUGAGUUGUGUGUUGAAUUUGAGACCAAUCCAUAUUCAUAAAAUGGAGUGUCGGGUAAUCAAUUGUUGCUAAAGAGAGGUAACUGCCUAUUGUACGUUGGAGUCUUAAAAUAAUACAGUGGUACAAAAUAAUUAAUAUUGUAUCACUGUUCUAGUAUGAUGUAAUUUUUAUAUACAUUCAUUAAUUUAUGACUCCAUGUGCAUAAUUAUUGUUUGGUGUGAAAUGAGAUGUUAAGUACAAAUCAGUUUUUAUUUUUGUAGUGUAGUUAAUGCUUUGUAAAUUAUUAAGCAUAUUUAGGAAUUUUUACUGUCUCAUUGAUUCAGAUGUAUUCAGAAUAGAGUUUCUCUAGUCUUCAUAUUCCAGUUAUUCCAUUUUUAACAAAGCAAAAUAAGAACCCAGACAGCUGAUGGCAUGUGUGGAAAAAAAAGGGAAACAAAAUUUUUUAAAAAAAAUUCUGUGGUUAACAAUGUUUCAUUUUUAUGUCAAAAAUUGUUCAAUGUUCCCAUGUAUUGAUGGAAAAUGAGUUUGAAAUAUAAGUAACAUUGAAAUGAA